UCUUAACAUAGUUAAUACUUCCUGUACUCUCAGGGAAGUGUGAGAAAACGAUUGGUGAUUCAAAAAUGUUUAUUUUUGUGCGGUUAUUGGUACAUCGUUUGUUUCAAAAUUUCCACUUGCGAAUUGCUAAACAGAAGUAAACUUGUUCUAUUUAUCUAAGGACUUCUAUCACAAAUGAUACGCGUUUGUAAUAUCUGUAUGUACUUUACAGAUGAGUGGCUUAACUAAGAAGCCUAUGGACUUAAUUUAAUAGACAUCAUUCCAUUUUGGCAACAAUCAUCGAUACGAAGAACGUUCAAAUGUCUGAUGCUCGGAAAAAGGGAGUCUGGUUUUCUGUUUCAUCGGCCGCCAUGAUCAUCUGUGUGUAGUGCUUGUGAAGUGCUUUAGAGAGCAGCACGUUCAAGUUGCUCGGUGUUCUAUUCACAAAACAUGGCGUAUGGAUUGUUGUAAGGCAAUAGUGAAAUUAUGUGUGGAGAUUUGGUAGCAAUUUGGGACUUCAUGUGCGUAGUUAUAGUGUAGGGAAAAUGUCUUCGCUACACUUCGUUGUUCAUCCACUUCCUGGAACGGAAGAUCAGCUCAAUGACAGACUUAAAGAAGUGUCAGAUAAGCUGAAUCGUUUUGGAGUGGCUACACCUGCAGCUUUAAGUGGUUUGAAAGUACCUGUAAAGAAGAUAGUAAUCGGACCAUCACAUUUUGCACUUCUCCUGGAAGAUGGCAGAGUUUGCAGAGUUUCAUUUUCUAUCAUCUCAGAUCGUUUAGAUUUGAGCAAAAAUGAUCCAACUAAGAGCAGUGGUGCAGGAGGCAGUGGUGGUGGCAAAGCCAGCGGAGCUGGGGGCAGUGGUGGUGCCAGCUCUGGUUCCAGUGGUCGGCAGCUGCAGCGGAGCAGGGCUCGUAUCAUGCGCUCCAACUCAACCCUCAGAGGAGCUGGAGCUGGCUCUGGUGGCAGAGGGGCUCCUGGUGUUAUCAUGGGAGCCAGUGGUGCUGGCGGGGCAGGUAGUGCUAGACCUAUCGUCCCAGCACCUUAUGUACCUGAAGAACUGGUUACACAGGCUCAAGUUGUUUUACAAGGAAAAAGCAGGAAUCUGAUUAUCAGAGAACUACAGCGCACAAACUUGGAUGUUAAUCUUGCCGUGAAUAACCUGCUAAGCCGUGAUGAUGAAGAGGGUGAUGAUGCUGAUGAUGCCCCUGAUUCUUAUGUACCAGAGGAUUUGAUAUCUCUUCUCGAUGGAGGAUUUCAUGCUGACCAUUCUGUAAUCAUUGAUGCUGACACUAUGUUUUCUGAGGACAUGUUUGGCUAUUCAGCUAUGAGGAAUCGUGGAAGCUCAAGCAGCAGGCGCUUAACAGCUGAGAGGGACAGAGACCGUGACACAGACCGUGAACGUGAUAGAGACAGCUUCAGCAGAUGGCGUGAACGACAGUACUAUGGCCCAAGACGUUGGCUUGAAUCAGCUUUACGUGAUUCUGCUUGGGAUAAAGAUCCAGAGAAUAAGAAAAAGGACUUCGCUGCUCAGAGUCCUUUAUGGAUGUCAGACGAGUUAGAAUUUUGGCCUGAAAGAGGUUCAGAACCACUUCCGCAGUUCACACUCAUUGCAGCGUUACACAGUGAACUGGUUGCUGUUACUGCUUCUGGUCAGUUGUAUCAAUGGAAAUGGAAUGAAGCAGAACCUUACAAGCAUUUAGAGAAUAGUAACAUUCAUCAUCCAAAGACAUUGGCCUUGGGGCUACUCUCUGAAAGAGUUGUGCAGCUAUCAGCCACUGUAAUUCGAUGUUCAGUGGCGACUGAAAGUGGAAAAGUUGCUACAUGGCUUGACGAACUCUUGAGCCAUGCUGCAGGUGCAGGAAAACUGGAACAUGCAGCUCAAAGCUUCUCAGAAUUUUCUGUAGAUCGCAUUGCUUCUUUACACACAUGCACUUUGUAUACUGUGGCUCGUCUUGAAAGUGGUGCACUAUACUGGUGGGGAGUGUUGCCAUUUCCUCAACGGAAAAGAUUAUGGGAAAAACACAGAGCCAAAUCUCGUAAACACCGGCCAUCUACUUCCACUGCAGACAUUGUGUGUGGUAGUCAGGUGUGCAUGAAGAACAGUCCCAUGUAUCAACCUGGAGCCAUUGGCUUCACAAUUUCAAAUGGGGUGCCAAAGGUUGGACAGCUCUUAAAUGCUGCAUGGAAUCUCACAGACACAUGCCGAUUCAAAGUUCUGACAGCACCGCCUGCUGGGCAUCACCAUCAUCACCACCACCACCACAGUGGCAGCAAUGAACACAGAAGAGGUGAAAAUUCCAAUAGUAGUUCAGGCAGUAGUUCGUCCAGUGCAGGUCCUUUAUCUGCUCCUGGAAGCAGUGGUGCUAGUAAUGUGAAGAGCAGCCACAAAGAGGCAUCAGAUCGUAUGGAUAUGCCUCCUCCCCCAUCUCCAGCAUCCAGCACUUGCAGUGAUACAGGCAGUAUCACUACUAGUCACAAACGCCAGAAACGCCCUGCACCCAAAGGUGAAGAACAGGAGAAAAAAGAUGAAGAAGAGUGGCCAUUGAAGGAUGUAGUUUUUGUAGAAGAUGUGAAGAGUGUCCCUGUCGGCCGUGUUCUGAAAGUUGAUGGUGCACAUGUGGCAGUUCGUUUCCCUACUAAUAAGGACACUAAGGACUUGAAAGAUCUAUCGUCAGAAGAUACAAUUAGUUUACUUCAAGACUGUCGAUUGAUGCGUAAAGAUGAGCUUCAGGUAAUAAAAUCUGGCACCACAUCUCGGGCUCCUGAUUGUUUUCAACGUAUCCCUCGUCGUGUCAAUAUAUCAGAAGGUGGUCAAAUUCUUACAAUAACGGUUGAUGGACAAGGCAUUCAUGCUAUUGUGAAAUCUGGAACCAAACUCAGUUAUGUAGUGUUUAACCUGAGUAGUGGGCGUGUUGAACAAGAUAGCCCAUUUCCUUCAGAUACAUCAUCUUUUCUGGGUCUUGAACCUCAAAAUAUUAAUCUAAUUGGUGCUGGUGAGGCAAAUGAAAGUGUAUUACUCCUAAGAGAUGGAAACAGCACAAUUUAUCCCCUGGCUAAGGACUGUGUGGAUAGUAUUCGUGAUCCUCAUUGGCUAGACCUUCCACCAGUACGAUGUGUAGGAGCAGGGACACAUUCAUUGGGAGGAGGUAGUGGUGGGGCCACUUCAGCUUCACAAGGCAGUGGAAAUGUAGCAAACAAUCUGAAGAGUCAAGUUGCCCUGCUUGUCCUAGCUAUUGAAAGUCAAUUGUUAAUGCCACGUAUUCUUAGGUGUGAUCUAGAUGGUGUAAAACAAGUCCUUGCCUCAUUGGAACAUGAUACAAAAGCCACCUCAAGUAGUAACACUUUACAAGCUGUUCUGAAUGAGAGGUGUGAUGGAAAUAGAAAUGUAUUCCAUGCUUGUGUUACCAUGUGCUCUCCUACAUCAAACAAGGAAGGUGACCAUGAAGGCGGUACUGGCAGUAACAGUUCUGGUCUGGAAUCAAUUAAUGUCAUCACUAAUGCGUUGGGCUCACGUUCAGUUAGUCUUCGUGAAAUGAUGCGAAGAGUUACAGCUCCUGUGAGAUCCUCUGAACGUGAAAUGGCUGUAGAUAGUGGCAGUGGACACCAGCCUUUGGGAGAUGAGCCAAUCCCUACUCUUAGCUGGCCUCCUGAAAGUUUUGAUCCAACUUCCGGUGAUGAAGACAGUUUAAUGGGUCUGGGAGGACCUAGUGCACCGAGUAACAAGCCAUCUGCUAGUGGAUCAGGGGCUAGUGCUGCCCCAAGUAAUGCCUGUGUUCUUGACCCAGCAGAACGCAAGAACAAUGCUCUAAUAAGCCUUCGUUUACUUUGUGAAAGUACAGUAUUGUCUCCACAUCUUGUAACACUACUUGGCGCAAAAGAUGCUCAAGGCCAGACUCCAUUUAUGUUGGCUGUGGCAUCACGUGCAUAUCCUGCAGCUCUUCUACUAUUGGAUACCAUUCAAAGAAUUACUAGUAAAGAUGAUGCAUCUCGAAAAACUGCUAUUGCUGCUAUGGUGUACCCAACCGGAUCUAGUCCAGACGAUUCCCCUCUUCAUGUUGUAUGCUGCAAUGACACUUGCAGUUUUACAUGGACUGGCGCUGAGCACAUUAACCAGGACAUUUUUGAGUGCAGAACAUGUGGACUUACAGGGUCUCUUUGUUGCUGUACUGAAUGUGCUAAAGUUUGCCACAAAGGUCAUGAUUGCAAGUUGAAACGGACAUCACCUACUGCAUAUUGUGACUGUUGGGAGAAGUGCAAAUGCAAAGCCCUUAUCAUGGGGCAGCAAGGUGCACGUUACGAUUUACUGUGUCGACUGGUAACCGAAACAGACUUGGUUACUCAACCAAAUGGCCGAGGUGAAAGCAUCCUACUAUUCCUUGUGCAAACUGUAGGCAGACAGUGUGUUGAGCAGCGCCAAUACCGAGCAUCAAGACCUCGAAGUGCAUCUGCUUCCAGUCGGAAGACUCCUUCAUCAGAUGUUGAACCAGAUAUGCCAGAUCAUGACUUGGAGCCUCCAAGAUUUAGUCGACGUGCUCUUGAGAGAUUACUGAAUGAUUGGUCAGCUGUCAGAGGGAUGAUCAUGUCAGGGGUGAAGGAAGGUGUUAUCGAUCCUCAACCAGUGUAUGAGGAUCAAGCUUAUUUGCAGAGCCAAAGUGGCACAACAUUAUUGGACAAAUUUACAUACUGCUUACUUGUAAAAUGUAGUGCAGAGAUGUUGGAUACUCUGCUGACUACUCUAAUAAGGGAACUUCAGAACGAUGCUGUCCCUGGUCGUCAGACUGAUGCAAAAAUUGUUGCUCGCAGAUUUGUACGUUCUGUUGCAAGAAUUUUUGUUAUCUUUAGUAUUGAGAUGGCUCCCAAUACAUCAAAGCGAAGAGGGUUAAACAGCAUGUCUCAGCCAUUAGUAAAAUGCAAAAGAGUUUUCCAAGCUCUAAUAAAAUUAGCAGUGGAAGAAUUGUGUGAAACUGCAGAUUCCCUGAUUGCUCCAGUUCGCUUGGGUGUUGCACGGCCUACAGCUCCUUUCACUCUUGCAAGUUCAACUAUUGAUGUCAUUAAUGGCUCAGAAGAGUUAUUCUCUGUGGAGCCUCUUGCACCUCAUUCAGGCCUGCUAGGAACUGGUCGAACUCUUACCGGAAAUUUGGCUGGUGGAGGUCGCAGUGGAGAAUCAGCACGGCCUCUUGGCCUAACACCUAAUGUUGUUCGUGCUGUUAGAGCAGCUGUGGCCAUGGAGUUAGAAGAUGCUGAUACUACAUUAGAAGGCCUGGCUCCUGAGGAUGCUGACAUGGAAGGCAGUGAACAGGAGGAUAACGCUGACCCACCACCACGAGGUUCUGUCGGAGGGUCGGGCCGAGUGGAUAAUGGGGAAGGGAUGGGUGAGGUGGGAGAACUUGUUGGGGGUGUAGGGGGGCCUGGGGAAGAUCCUCAGGCUGACGCAGAGUCAGACAAUGAGUUGGACUUGCUUGCUGAAACAGAGAGUGAUUCAGAUGACAACCAUAGUAACCAGGAUGCAGCAUCAGCACAACGUAGUGUGCAGACUGGGGCUACUGCAGGCUCUGACACAGGUAUCGCAUCCCUGCUGCUGUUCCCAGAGGACGACUCUGCUGACUCGAGCCAGCAAGAGGAUGAUGAAUCGGAGGCAGGAGAGUCUGAUGAUCAUGACACAGAAGAGUUUACUUUAGCUGAAGAGCAGCUAGAACGCAGAAGUUCCACUACUGGGCAUGGUCAUCGCAGUAACUUAGCUCCACAGUCAAUGCAGUGGGCAAUUCGAAACCGUGAAACUGGAGCUCGUGCUGGAGGUAGUAGCAGUUUGGUGUUUAUAGACCCCUCUUCCUUGCGACGAUCAACAACAGCCACUGCUGCUGUGGCGGCGGCAGCAGCUAGCCAAGAACCUGUGACAAUGGCUACUACAGCCAGCUGCUUGGCACGUGCUUUUGGAAUUGUAGUUCGACAAAUUGCAGAUUUAUUAACAAUGCUGCAAGAUUACCAUGCAUUAGCUCCAGCACUACCCCGAACACUUGAUAUAUCAUAUCAGGAAUCCAUCAAUUUACAGCUUUAUUUGGAAUACCACCUGAAACCAACCUGGGACUGGCUUCUUACUGUAAUGGACUCAACAGAGGCUCAGCUGCGCUUUGGAGCAUCUUUGACUCAUUCUUCUGACCCUAAUCAUCCAGGCCACCCACUCCAUCAGGCUGCUGGGCUGGGCUUGGGAGUUGCAGGAAGUCUUGGAAACCUGCUGGGCUCAGCUGCCCUUUCACUGUCAGUACUGGGUGGGGGGGGUGGUGCUAGUGGCUCGACAGCUUCUGCCAGUACUGCUGGCACCGCUCGAGCAACUGCUGGAACUGGAGGGCACCGCACAGUGCCAUCUGCAGCAGCUGGAGGAAACACAGGGACACGAAUUGUUGGGUUUGCUUCCUCUGGAGUGGAUGCUCCAAGGACAGCACGAGAAAGGGAAGCGGCAGACCCCCACUCUGCUCGACGUGAGUUCCUCUCUUACUGCUUGUCUUUGAUGAGGGCUCACAAUGCUGAACACCUUGAUAGUCUGCCUAUUUUGGAUGUAUCUGCAUUGAAGCACAUAGCGUAUGUGUUCGAUGCUCUGAUCUACUACAUGAGAUCAGGAACAGAAUCUCCAGAUACAGAAGUUUUGCGUGAUGGCCUGCCAAUGGAAGCCUGGAACGACCAGGAUGAAAAUGAUAAUGAUGAGGCUGAUGAUGAUUUGUCUCAAUGCCCAACUGUGGUGGAAACGGAUUCAGUUGACGAACAAGAAUCUGUGAGAGGGACCAGUGGACCUGGCACAUCGCUGGGAGCUGCGAAUGGAUCUGGCCUCACGUCAUCUGCUGGUCUUAGUGGCAAUGGAGUAUCUUCCUCCGGUGCUGGUAAAGGUCGCAAGCAUCCAUUCCUCCAGCGAUCUGAUUCCACUCUGUGCUUGGGAUGCCCUCCCCCUGACCCCUUUGACACACCCAUGGCUGAAGCUCUUCCUCUGGCUGAUCAACCGCAUCUUCUGCAGCCCAAUGCUCGACGUGAAGAGUUGUUUGGCAUGCCUAAACAACCCAUCACUGUACCUGCCUCAGGUACGAGUCCCCCUGGGACAUACAAUCCUCUUGAAGUUCUACCUACAAGACUGGGGUUAUCAAUGCGUACAGCUGACAGUGGAACCAGCUUGGCACCUCAUGCAACCCCUACUGUGGGACCCUCCAUGUCAAGUGCCAAUUUAGCACCUCCAACUGCAAUGACCAAUAUUCCUCCCAGCGAUGGUGAAAGACCCACGAUUCCAAAUGCAGAGAAUACUGGGACUCCUAAAGCAUCAACAAGUGGUCAAGGAAGAUCUGAAGAUCAGAGCAAAGAAGCAUUUGCAGGUUCUCGCUCUAACUUCGAUGCCUUUGACCAUCUUUUCCGGGAGAUUGAUGAAGAGACUCCACCUCCACUUCCUGAUGCUCCUUUGGAUGUAAACAGCGCUGUUGUGCCACCUCCUCCAGCUGAGGAAGGGCCACAGGACUUGUCUUUUAGCAAAGAACUUCCUCCUCCCCCUGCCAGCAUGGUCUUUACUCGUCCCCACCAAGCUUCAUCACUGAAGAUGGAUGUGGACAGUGAAGGAGGCGAGGAGUCAGCCACUGAUUCAGAGUCUAGUUGCUUAUACAUCAAGCGAGCCAAAAAGAAUCCUCCUCUGCCCCCAGCUGUGCCCAUGGAGACAGAUGUACCUGCUGACCUGAGCAAGCCUGGCCCUAGUGGUGCCCAGUUGGAACCAAAGCCAGGACCAUCAGGACACAGCAUGUCCACUUUGUGUUUGUCAGAACAAACAUCAGAUGAGAACCGCAAACUUCUAAUGGAGCAAAAUAGGGCACCAAUCAUUGUUUCUGCUGGAAAAGUCUCUGCAAUUCCUGCAUAUGACAGCAGCAGUUCAAGUAGCAGUGCAAGUGGUUCUGGUAGUGUUUCUGACCUAGCUAAGUCUGAGGAUCCCCAAACUCCUGCUAUCAAGAGUGUUAUUGUUAGGGCUGGUCCAGCUACUGCUACUCCAAGCACAAGCAGUACCAGUGCUGCAGGUCCUCAUCGCACUGAUGCUCCCGAUGUUUUGGUUGUGCCAACUUCAGAUCCUCGACAGGGUGGUGAAGCUCAUGGGCUCGAUUCAAUGAGUAAUAGUCAAGAUAUAUCAGCACAUGUGACUGUUGAAACAAGUCGACCACAUGAUCAACCUACGAGACCACACCCUACUAUUGGUCAAUCAGUAUCUCAUGACUUAUUAUUGGGUCGUUGGAGGUUGUCUUUAGAUCUGUUUGGUAGAGUUUUUAUGGAAGAUGUUGGUUUGGAACCUGGAUCAGUAGUAUCAGAGUUGGGUGGUUUUCCUGUAAAAGAGGCCCGCUUCAGACGAGAAAUGGAAAAGCUUCGUAAUGCUCAACAACGUGAUCUUACACUCUCCAAGAUUGAGAGAGAUAGGACACAACUGAUCAUUCAGACCUUCAAAGAGCUAAAUACACAGUACAAUAAUUAUCAUAGGCGAGCAUCAAGUUCACAGCCACCUCUGGCAGUGAAUCGGGUGAAAGUCACGUUUAAAGAUGAACCAGGUGAAGGAUCAGGAGUGGCACGUAGCUUUUACACAGCCAUAGCAGAGGCUGUUCUUGCUAAUGAGAAAUUGCCCAACCUGGAGUCAGUACAAGUGGGUACUAAAUAUGCACAAUACAAUGUUCUCCAGAGACUACGGUCUCGUGAAAGGGGUGACAGUAUUAGGAGACACACCCAGAGGUCUCCUCGAUGUCGUGAACCCCGAAGAUCUCUGUCUUACGAUGCCAGACCUUUCUCACCUCCUGGAGGAGCAGAUGGUAGUGGAGGCAGUGCUGGAGGAGCUGCAGGGUCUUCCUCCGGAAACAAUGACCAUCUUACUCUUCACCAGCAACAGCUUGGAGAGCGUUUAUACCCAAAGGUUCAUGCAUUGAGGCCAUCAUUUGCUGGCAAAAUAACAGGAAUGUUGCUUGAAUUAACACCUGCACAGCUCCUAAUGCUUUUGGCUUCUGAAGAAGCUUUGCGACAGAAAGUGGAAGAGGCUAUGGAAUUGAUCUUGAGCCAAGGAUCUGAACAACUAGCCUCAGAAGCACUGCUAGAUUUAGAUGUAUUUAGCCUCUCUGAAAGGGGAAAGAAGGUUGGAGGACCAAGCAGUGGUGCAGGAGGUCCAUCACGCAACUCUGAAGUAGAAGAACAAGCAGAAGAUGCUGAUGAUAGUAGUCCCUUAUUCUACAGCCCAGGCAAGCGAGGCUUUUAUUCACCACGCCAGGGGAAAGCAAGCUUUGAAAGAUUAAAUGCAUUCCGAAAUGUUGGAAGGCUUAUUGGCUUGUGUUUGUUGCAAAAUGAAUUGUGUCCUAUAUUUUUGAAUCGCCAUGUGAUGAAGUAUGUGCUUGGUAGACCUGUGCGGUUUCAUGACCUGGCGUUUUUUGAUCCUGUGAUUUAUGAGAGUUUGCGGCAGUUAGUUGUUGAUGCUGAGACAAAAGAUAGCAAUAGUCUCUUCUCUGCCCUGGAUCUUACUUUUAGCAUUGACUUGAGUGUCGAGGAAGGUGGAGGUUCUCUGGAAUUAGUCAGUGGAGGUCGUGACAUUGAAGUAACUGCCUCCAAUGUAUAUGACUAUGUUCGGAAAUAUGCUGAGUGCCGUAUGAUAAAAGUUCAAGAAAAAGCACUAGAGGCUGUUCGAACUGGUGUCUUUGAUGUUUUGCCUGCUGGUUCUCUUGAUGGCUUGACUGCUGAAGAUCUGAGGUUACUUUUAAAUGGGGUUGGAGAUAUAAAUGUAGCAGUGCUUAUUUCUUACACUAGUUUCAAUGAUGAAUCAGGGGAGUCAAGUGAACGGCUUGUUAAAUUUAAACGCUGGUUAUGGUCUAUUGUUGAAAAGAUGACUCACCUUGAAAGACAGGACUUG